AUGGCAUCUCCCGGGAAGGCGGAGAAGGUUGCGCCGCAGUGGGACUUCCAGCAGUACAUACGCAAGAAGCACUUGCUCCGACCACUCAGGCCAGAGUCUCAGCAGACGUUCUUGGCCUGGUUGGGGCGUCGGCUGCCAUUGUUCAGCCAACUUCGGCAGGCAUCCUGGACGUCGACCGCAUCGGAUUUGAUUGCGGGCCUGACUGUGGGCGUGAUGGGCGUGCCCGAGAGCCUCUCCUAUGCCAGUAUCGCAGCCUUGCCUUUCGAGUACGGACUGUAUGCCCUGGUCAUGCCACAGCUGGUCUAUUCACUCCUCGGCCAGUCGCGGCAGCUCAUGGUGGGCCCGGUGGCGAUGCUGUCGCUUCUGGUCCACGCAGGCCUCGAAGGAAGCCUCGAUCCGGUACAGUGCCCCGAGUGGUUCGCCUUGCAGAAGAACGAAACUGCCGAAGACUUCAACGUGCUGGUGCAGAGCGAGGUGUGCCAGGAGAAGUACAUCGCGAUGACGAUCUUGACCUCGCUGCUGGCCGGAUCUUUCCUGCUGCUUGCUUGCGUGCUUCAGCUGGGCUUCCUGCUCAAGUUCCUGGGACACCCUGUGGUUUCUGGCUUCUCCACCGGCUCAGCCUUGAUCAUCAUGAUCAGCCAGUUCAAGAACUUCCUUGGGGUAAAGGUCGAGGAGUCCGAGUUUCCGAUCUUGAGCAUCCUGUCCUUGAUCGAGCAUGCACCCAAAGGGCAGCCGAUCACGCUGGCGUUCGGCCUCGUGUUCACCGCGACGCUGGUGGGUCUUCGAAAGUUCGGCUACGCCUAUCCCCGGUGGAAGCUGAUCGGCUCCCUGGGGCCCCUGAUCAGCUGCGUCUCUGGGGUGUUGCUGAUCUACUUUGUCGAGCCGCUGCAACACAUCCGAGGACUGGACUACGUCCAUGAGGUUCCGGGUGGGUCUUUACCGACCAGCUUGGACAUCAUGUCUUCUUGGACUGCCCACGAUGUUGCACAGACCAUGCCGCUUGCGCUCUCGACUGGCUUCCUAGGCUUUCUCGAAGCCUUCGCGACCGCACAGAACUUGGCCAAACAGCAUGGCUACGACGUGGAAUCCAGCCAGGAACUCCUGGCCCUGGGCGCUUGCAACGUCGUCGGCGCCUUCUUCACCGCCUACCCGGUGAUAUCCUGA